UUUUGCGCGCACCUCCUCCGUGCAGGUUCUUGGAAAGACCAUUUUUCCGAUUAUUAGCAACCAUGUUCUGCUGGUGCAGUCUCGUGUACGUUCUUUUCUUUUUCGCGUCGUUCGUAGCCAUCGGUUUGCUGACGGUGAGCAUUUUAUUGCGCCAGCUAAUCAAGUACCAGCGGCGAAAACGGUGCGAGGAAAACGUGAAACAUGUGGCUUUCUUCCAUCCCUACUGCAACGCCGGCGGUGGCGGGGAGCGCGUUUUGUGGUGUGCCGUGCGGGCGCUCCAGAACCGGUACGAUGACGGUGUGCGGCUCUACGUGUACACAGGUGACGUGGACGCAACGGCGUCGGAGAUCUUGGCGAAGGCGGAGCGCAACUUUAAUCUGAAUCUGAACGCCGACCGGAUCUCGUUCGUCUACCUGCGGAAGCGGCGUUGGGUGGAGGCCGCAUGCUACCCUCACUUCACGCUCCUCGGUCAAAGUAUCGGCUCCAUUGUUCUCGGGUUCGAGGCACUGCUCAAGCUGCAGCCAGACGUAUUCAUCGACACAAUGGGGUACGCUUUUACCUACCCGAUUUUCGCUUUUUUCGGCGGCUGCAAGAUUGGCUGCUACACGCACUACCCCACCAUCAGCACCGACAUGCUCCGGAGAGUGCAAUCCCAUACGCAAAGCUACAAUAAUCGAGGUUAUGUAGCGAAAAAUCCGUUUGCAACGUGGUUGAAGAUCGUUUAUUACCGCGUUUUUUCGCGCAUCUACGGUUGGGUAGGACGAUGCGCCGAUACCAUCAUGGUGAACUCGAGCUGGACCGAGAACCACAUCGUUUCGCUGUGGGACGUGCCGUAUAAAACGCAUCGCGUGUAUCCGCCCUGCGAGGUGUCGAAGCUGAAGCAGCUUGAACCGACACGCAGCGUCGAAAGCAAUGGAGACGACCAGCAGCCGGGCGAUGACGAGCGAAUAAUUAUCCUUUCGGUCGGACAGUACCGGCCGGAGAAAGAUCAUCCGCUGCAGUUGCAAGCUAUGUACGAGUUACGGACACUGCUCAACAAUGAUGAGGCGUUGUGGAAUCGGCUUCGUCUGCUAAUCGUGGGAUCAUGUCGUGACGAGGAGGAUCGCGAGCGGGUGAAAAAUAUGCAGGACCUGGCGAAACAUCUAUCCCUUGAAAAUUCCGUCGAGUUCCGAGUGAACGUACCGUACGAGCAGCUACUAGAUUGCUACCGCCAGGCGACGAUCGGAUUGCACUGCAUGUGGAACGAACAUUUUGGCAUCAGCGUCGUCGAUUGCAUGGCGGCCGGAUUGAUUAUGGUUGCUAACCGUUCCGGUGGUCCACUGAUGGACAUAAUCGAAACCUCCGAAGGCAGUCAGAACGGGUAUCUGGCGUUUGAUGCGUAUGACUACGCGCGAUGCAUAGCGACCAUCCUCUACAAUACGCCGCAGUACAACGCCAAGCUGCGUGAAGCGGCCCGUGCCUCCGUGGAACGGUUUUCCGAGAAAGAGUUUGAAAAUGGAUUCCUUCGCGCUAUUUCUCCAAUCAUGGAUUGAAGAGAUUUUAAUGCGAGAUCUACAAUCGAACCACACGUCGCUGCACAAGUGCAUCACUUCCUAUCAUAAUCAACCAAAGCUUCUAGGCUAUCUGCAUCAUCAUGCGUAAGGUAGGAUUAGUGAAAUAAGAGAAAACGUGACUGUCGGCAAAGGCCAUCAGAAGUGUCGGUAGAUCUUGUUAAGCAUAGUUAGGAAGUUACACAAACAUGCUUAGUGUAUGGUACACACAUUUUCUUCUCAGCAAAAACGAAUUGUUUCCUCCAAACAGACACAUAAUAUAUUUGAGCAGGGAAUAUCUUUUCCAUCCUUAUCCUUUGCCUAGGAACAAGCAAUUGGUGGUUGAUGGUUGGAACGUUUGAACCACCAAUUGCAUUGUUUACUUCGAUACUUCGUUUGACUACGAAAAAGUCCAUUCCAAAAACAAAUGUUGCACAGACGUAUUCGUUAAUCAAUAGUUAUGUUUUUUUUAAUAACACAUUUAGCUUUGAGACACAUUGGCACACGGUUCUGAGACGGUUGUUUCUUUGAUGCUUCAUAUUUUCAUAUCUUUCUUCUGAUUCGGCUAAUUUCAAUUAACGAUCUGAAUAAGGUGUUUUUAAAGUUUAUGCUUUGCGUCAGUCUCAGUCAUUUUUUUUUAUCCAAAAGCUCGUAAAAAGUCUAUCUCGAUCGUCUUGAGUUUCUUUAAGAGCUUGUUUCAAUUUAUCGGAUUGUUUUCUCAAGCGCUACGAGAAUAUCAUGCUUCUGUCGCGAUAGGUAGACUUGUGACAUGAGUAGAAUCCUCUGUGAAUGGGAAAAAACAUCUAUUAACUUUCCAAGAUUCCGUUGUGAUCGAUCGGUCUACAACGGUCCACAUGUCAACAAUAGAAAUUGCUGCAUAACCACUACGCAAAACGACUUACCGGUGUGUUGACUACAUCUACAUCUACAGAAGUCCACGUUGACUUCUGGAGGGUCAUCUUUAUUCUAGUCGCCUUGAUAGGCGAAGGGUUCGCCCAGUUUGGUUCUCGGAACCUCGGCCUUCCAGCACGUUCCUGUACUCUUUAACUAUUACGCACACUAUGGUGUGCAGCUCUUGAUUUUGAAUAAUAACUAAAUCGAGCUGACCGCUUGCAGUAGUUUUAUGGUUUCUUGAAACCGAUCGUUCUCGAUAAUUUCUCGUAAUGUCAUGAACCGCCAUUGUGCCGCUUUUACAUGCAACUACACUGUUCACGCUAUUUUCUCUCAUUUCUUAUCCUUCGUUAGUGCUACGCUAACUAUUACUCUACAUAACGCACUGUACAUGAUGUGUUGGUAACAUUCUAAUUCUACAACUAUCUUUGAAAUACUACUAAGGAUGGUUACGAGACACCCAUUUAGUCCAUUUCCGGAAGUAAGUCUUAUAUGAUGCGUCUGCGGAGUCCACCGUUUCUGUCUCUAGCUGAGCCGUUUCUGCUGUGUUAAUAUUUUUUUGAAGAAAAUUCAGAUAGUUAA